UUCUUUUUUAUCAGAAAAAAAAAAUGUCUAAACGAAGUAAUGAAGAAACUGUUGUAAAAGAAGAUGUCAACAAGCGAGCCAAAACAGAAUCUCAUGCACCUGAUUGUGCAGACAAGACGUGUACAGGCUGUGACAUUGGCGAAGUAGAGAUUGCAUUUACAAACAAGACAGAAGAUGGCGAAGUGGAGGAAGUACAACCAAAUGCGCAUGAACUGAUGGUCCUUGCGAUUGAUGAGGCUCAGGAAGGUGAUAAUGAUAUGGCACGCCGACUGUUUGAUAUGUCACUGGAAAAGUUUCAACAGGACGAACCAGAAAAUCGAACAGGCUAUGCGACAUGUUUAGUUCAGUUGGGUAAGACAAUAGGCGUCGAAGAGAGUCUGCGUGAGGGCCUGGAUAUAUUACGAGCAGAAAAGAACAAAGACAGCAUCUUGAAGCUCAAGGUGGCCUAUGCUGCCCUGGCCCUAGCCAAUUACUUACGAAUGCAGCAGAUCGCCGCUUUUGCUCCUCAGGAGGCUAACCUCUAUCAAGAAAAUGCUGAGUUGGAUGAAGAUGCUUAUGAAGAACUCUUAUCGAAACAAAAGGUCACACCAGAUGAAGAAAAACUCUACAAGGAGGCAAUUGGUCUUGUUCGUGAAGUCAUCAAAGAUGCGCCUAUGUCUGACAUCCAGAGCGUCAUCUCUGAAUUGAGAAAUUACGCCUUGUCAUUGGAUUUGCCUGUGCAAAAGGACCAUGCCAAUGUUGUCCUGGAUGCAACCAUUGAGUUUAUUCAGCAGGUGCCUGAGCAUCAGGAUAAUUGGGAACUUGUCACAGUUUGGGCUGCUUGUCUUGCACAUCAGGAAAAAGUGGUUGACGGAACUCAAAAGAGAGUUGAGGUGAUAUCCAAAGCUAUUGAAAUGGCUGAGAAGGCAAAUCAACUGCAUGUUGACAAGGUGGGAAAGGAUCAUCCGUUUAUGUGGGAACUGCUUGCUGGAUUGCUUAUGACUCAAAUUAGUUUAGUAGAUGAUGAGGAUGAGGUUAUGGUCUUGUAUGAGCGCGCUGUGAGCUCAUUCAAGAAGGCACAUGAAUUAGCACCUGAAAAAGUUGAAUUAUUAGAAAUGAUUAAGGUGAUUGAAGAAAUGAAGGACGCAGAAGGCAACAACGAUAGUGAUGAUGAAUAACAAAAUAAUAGCAACAACAAUAAUAAUUAAAAGAAAGAGAGAAAGAGAGAAGGGGUGUGAGUGUGAGUGUGUGUGAAGGUAGUAUUAUAUGGAAUAACACACUUAUAACACA